ACAGACCCUCUCCCCAUCAUACUUACAGCAUGUUUGGUGGAUAGGAAAACAGCAGGUCAGCCUGAUACAGAGAUAUUUGUUAUUUAUAAACUAUAUUAGUUUUUCUCUCCAGCUGUGUUGACACAAAAACCAAGACAGACAAACUUCAGAGUUGUGAUUUGAAGUCGUACAGGAUUGUCAAACAGUAGUCAGGUGAACAUGACGGCCCUAUCAGCUCUCAUCCUAAAGAUGGCCUUUCUGCUGCUGCCUCUGCUGCACUGCACAGGUACGAUUUGUAAAUAACUCAAGGUUUUGUAAAGAUACGGUUUAAUACACACUGCAUGGCUGAAAUAUGUUAUUUUGAGCAAGGUAUGUGUUGUAUAGUGUAAUGAGGAAAUACAUUAGGCAAUAAUCAAUGUAUAUGUGUCUGUAUACAACUAAAAAGCAUGUUUCAGUUGGAUCCUGCCUGUUAAAACAGUUAGAAAAAACGUUUUCUACAUUUAAAAGUGACAUCUAUUUUACUGCUCUAUGUAACUUAAAAUAUAAUAUUGUGUUAUAAUAUUUUUUGUCACAACUAUUCAAUAAAGAACUUAAGUAUGUGGAUCAUAAAUCAUUAACUUAAUUGAAAGUCUCCCAUAGAACAAGAAGCAGGAUCACAUAUUGGUUUAUAAAUGCCUUUUGGAAAGAGCAGAAACAGGUGCAAAGUAUUUAUUCUCCUCUAGAUGCAAAGAUGGACAUCAUCACGAGUAAGCAAGAUGUUCUGUUGGGAGAAGAGAUCUUACUGCUUUGUAAAGCUGGGGCAGAGGGAGAAAUAAUGUGGCUCAAGGAUGGGGAAGAAAUUGUUGAUGAAGAGAAGGUGACAAAGCAGGAUGAGACUUCUUCUAAACUGCGCAUUAAGAAUGCAACGAUGCAGGAUGUGGGCAAAUAUAGCUGUGUGUGUGACUUUGACAGUGGAUACCAAGAUGACGUUUUUACACAGCUGUAUGUUUAUGAGGGUCCAUCAUUUGGAAGCACAAACACCUACUACCAUGAAUUUCUGGAGGGCACAGAUGGCAUUAUGCCAUGCCUGGUGAUGGGCCAGCCAGCCGUGGAUGUGCACUGGCUCAGAGACGGAGAGGAAAUCUCCUCGAAUGGAGGAAAGCGUGUGCGUCGGCUGCCUGACAACACAGUCCUGAUUGAAAAAGUGAAGAGGAAGGAUGCUGGGACGUAUGUGUGCCGGGCCCAGAUCAGAGGAAGGCCCAUCUAUCAGCAACUCCCUUUCUCUGUUGUCGUCAAUGCUCCUCCUUCUGUGCGUCUGAGAGAAGAGGUGAAAAAGGUUCUGGCCGGACCAGAGACCAACGUUUCCCUGCUGUGUUUGGUGGACGGUCUACCAAAACCCAACAUCACCUGGAACAUGCCGGUGACCUUUGACCCCUUACAUCAUCAGUUUAACUCGGACCGUAGCCAGUUGACUAUAAAGUUUGUUGCCAGGGGCGACUACGGAGAGUACAUCUGCACCGCCACCAACAAGAUCGCUGAGAGCACCGCUACAUUCAUGCUUCAUGUUUAUGAGGCCCCAGAGGUGUUUGUGUCAGCAGAGCAGCAGAGUGUGUCAGUGGGCGAGCGUGUGUCUGUGUCCUGUAACGUCUCCGGUCAUCCUCAGCCUGAGCUGCACUGGCUCAACAAGCAAAAUGGACGCACACUGGACUCUGGCUCUGGUCAUGUCCGUGUUGAAGAUGGUGCGUUGGUGAUUGAUGAGGUAGUGCCCUCUGAUGGUGGACUGUAUUCCUGCAUGGCUGUCAGCAACUCGGGAAACGCAUCGAGAGACAUUGCAAUAUACACCAAAGUGAGCAGCAUGACAAAAGGCACCGUGUUUGGCAUUGUCAUGGUGAUCUUCCUGGUUGUAUUCCUGGUGGUGGACGCCACCUGCUGCUACAGAAACCGCUGCGGCCUGCUUAUGUCCAUCUCUACGAAACUGUUUGGACAGAAGGUCCCAGGCCUCAAAAUGCUUGAAGAAGGAGAGGGAACCACUAAUGGAGAAGUGAAGCUGAAUGGCUUAUCCACUCCGAGAGGCAGUGUGCAAAAUGCGGGGGUGCAGACAUUCCCUAAGGAGGGGGGGGGGGGGGCGCUGCCAGACAUCACCUGCGACAAAGCCUCCCUUACCAAACACGAGAAAAAACCGCCAGGAUCAGACACUGCCGAUGCAUGAGGCCAGAUUUCGGAAGAAAAAAUAAAUGAAAUAAAUAAAAGUGUGAAUAAUUUAUAGACCCAAAAAAAAGAUCAAUACAAAACAAGUCUUCACUGACAGACUGGAGGGGAAAUCCUGAUUGUUGAGGUUUGUUAACACUUGGUGGUUUCACACAUCUGUGCUGUUAAAGUGAGACGACAGCUGGUUAACUAUCUCUUAAAGUUAAAACUAAAACUGACACAGACUUCAUGCGGGAGGUGCCCUUUGUUGUUGUUGUUGUUGUUGUUGUUGUUGUUGUUGUUGUUGUUGUUCUGUGUACUUUGAAUUAUAUUAGGAAAAAGGAAAAGUUCAUUUACAGGGUAAUCGUGAUGUCUGUGUUUUACAGGGUAAAAUGAUUUGUGUUAGAAAAAAUGAAACAUUUUCUAAAAGUCACAAUCAAUGUUUACCUUCAACAUUUUAAAUGUUGCACACUGACAGAUGGUCUCAUUUUAUUUCUACUCAAAUGCAUAGAAAAUAGGUUUUAUAUGUUAAUGAUGCUUUUUAUAUCUUUAUUUUCUUAACUAUUUUAUUUACAUGCAUCGUGGCGGCUCUUCUGAUAUAAAUGUAAGCAUUAUACAUCUUGUUCUUUUAGAUUAAAUAACACUGUUUAUUCUGAUACUGACAUGUAUUUUCAGCUUGAACUAAACAUAUAUUACCUUUAUGUAAUCAUCAAGCACUAAUAUGUAUUGUUUUAAACCGUAAAUGAGAGAUAUUUAUCAUGAGAGGCUUUAAACUGAAGCCAUAUUUGACUUAACCAGAUUUACAAAGCAUUUUUUGUGUGGAAGAACUUGUAUAAAUGGUUGGCAACUACCACUAGAAAGGACUUGUACUAUACAUUUAUUAAUUAAAUAUUUUUGGAAAUAUCCAUUUUAAAGUAAUAAUAGGCAGCAUGUCAAACGUAUACACAAAACACAUAUAUAUUCACUUAGUGAAGCUCUAAGGUAUUUUGGACUUGUAUAUUCAUAUGUACAGUAAACAAAUAUUCAAAGGAAAAUUGUCAAAAAUUGAACCUGCAGCUUUAAAAAAAAGAAAAAAGAUACUUUGAUAUAAGUGACCUGGCCAUUUUAAUGACGUGUUUUGAUCCUGUUGUAAUAUUGCAGUGAUCACUAUCUAUAUAGUGAUCUAUAUGUAUAUAGGCCUAUUGCUGUAGAUACACAUGUUGUUACAUCUUUGUGAUUCAUAAAAA